AUGCCUCACUCAGUUCUCUACACCAAAAUCGACACACGCCCCCCAGAGGUUAUCCACAGCCGGGGAAACUACCUGCACACCAGCGAUGGUCGUACAAUAUUUGAUGCCAGCGGUGGCGCCGCAGUCGCCUGUCUGGGCCAUAAUGAACCCCAGGUGAAGCAGGCAAUCAUGGCGCAGCUAGACAAGGUAGCCUACAUCUACUCGCCGUUCUUCACUGUGCCUGCUGCGGAAGAGAUAGCCACCUUCCUGACCGAGUCGACGGGGGGUGCGAUGAGCAAGGUGUUUAUUGUCAGCUCUGGCACCGAGGCAAUCGAAGCCGCACUCAAAAUGACACGGCAGUAUUUUACAGAGCUCUCGAAGCCUCAACUACAACGGACAAAGUUCAUUGCGCGGAGGCAGUCGUACCAUGGGAAUACGUUAGGAUCGUUGGCGGCCGGUGGGCACAAGGCGCGGCGGGCGAUAUUCGAGCCUAUACUGGCGGCAAGCACAUCGCACGUCUCGCCAUGCUACCCAUACCGGGAGAUGAAGAAAGGUGAAAGCAAUGAGGAGUAUGUCUCUCGCCUGGCUGAGGAGCUGGAGAAUGAGUUUCAGCGGGUCGGGCCCGAUACUGUCUGUGCAUUCAUCGCGGAAACCAUGUCAGGAACGACACUGGGCUGUAUUCCUGCAGUGCCGGGAUACCUGAAGGCAAUGAAACAAGUAUGCGACCGCCACGGGGCAUUGUUCGUUUUGGACGAGGUGAUGUCUGGGAUGGGGCGGACGGGUACUCUGCACGCCUGGCAGCAGGAGGGCGUUGUCCCAGACCUUCAGACUGUUGCAAAGGGACUAGGGGCAGGAUAUGCCCCUGUGGGAGCGCUGCUCGUCGGCAACCGGGUGGCAGACGUUCUCAGCAAAGGAACUGGCAGUUUCACCCACAGUCAGACGUACCAGGGACACCCCAUCGCAUGCGCUGCAGCAUGCGCUGUCCAAAAGAUUAUCCAGAAAGAAAACCUGUUAGAUAAUGUUCGCCGGCAAGGCGAGUAUCUAGGCCGGCUUCUCAAUGAGCGCCUAGGUGGGCAUAGGAAUGUCGGCGAUGUUCGCGGACGAGGACUGUUCUGGGCUCUCGAGUUCGUCAGAGACAAAGAGACCAAAGAGCCUUUCCCAGCGGAAGCGGGCAUAGCGCAAAAGGUGCACUUGACAGGCUUGCAAAAAGAGCACUCCAUCUCCGUUAUCCCUGGCGCUGGGGUUGCAGAUGGUCGUAAUGGGGAUAUCAUACAAAUUGCGCCGGCGUACAAUGUGUCAAAGGAGGAUAUUGAAUUGAUUGUUGAGCGCGUGGAGGGCGUCGUCCAUGCUGCCUUUGGAGCAUAG